AUGGCGGGGCAGUACUACGCUGUACCGUCAAACGGCCAGCACGACAUCCAGCUCGAAUUCCAGAACCCACCAACUACACCGAACCCACCAUCGCAACCACCCAGACCCUUCCAAGGUCUUCCAGCUCAUCGCCGAUCAAAAGUAAAACUCUGGUUCGGCCUCAUCGGAAAAUGGUUCAUCACAGUCAUCUUCAUCAUAGUAGUCUACGGGAUCUUGAUCGCGUAUGCUCUCUACGAUGUCAUAUCAGAGAAACAGAAGAAAUAUUUCAAUGCGCUCAUCACGGGGUUCCUUAUUGCUCUGGGACUGUCAACUAUGAGUCAGUUGACGCAUGCGGCAACUCAAAUCGGCUAUGCCUCUCUAGGUCUAUGUUACUCGGUCGAAAAAACCGAAGAUCAGGCCCUCUUGGUUCCCGGGAGCGUCUCCAUCGCGAAUCUAAGCACCAUCUCAACCUCGAGUAUUGUCAACGCAUCUAGUUCGCCCAAGAGCGAGGAGUACGCGGCAAACAGCUACGGGAUCAUGUCCCUGGCUUUAAACGAAGGGAGUCCCGAUGAUAUUCUUUCCCCCGGCACUUUAUUCUUUGCAGACAAUAAGUUUCUGUUUUGUGACGGCGGGUCUUGUGUCUAUGUCUUUCGCGAGACGAAUACGCUUAGUUUGGAUAAUCCGCAAAGGGCUCCUGUCUCAGCGGUCACGGACAGGAAGGUGAAUAUCACGACGCAUUGCGACGCGUUGAAGGUCCUUCAAGGCGGCAAUGGGACCGGGGAGCUAAUUACCGUCGACAAUGGGAGCAGAGAAACAAACAUCACGGUACCUAGGACGGAGGUUCUUAGUGAGAAGGUUUACAUGACAUCUGCGUCUCGCAACUGCGGCAGAGAUUGCAGCAUUGUGUCGGUGUUUGAGCCAUCGUCGACAGAUCCGUGGCUUUACAACUGCACCGUCAAAAUGAGCCCUGUUGAAAACGCCAAGAGGCCAGAGCACGAAGUUGGCGAGAGACUGAUGCGCUUGGCAACAUCAGCCAUAGCCCUAGGAGGCCCCGACGGCCCAAACGACACCCGAUCAAACAGCUACCCCACUGCGUCGUGUUCGGAAUACCACGCAAUGGCUCGACGGAACCAGUGGAAUACCUUUUAUCACGCUUCGCAGCGGAAACUCAACGUUUCGCACUGGGGAAUCAUCACUUUGAUCUUAUGGAUCACGGCAUUUCUUCAGUUAUUGGUGGCUGUUGUGGCGACCAAGGUGUCGGAACGCGUUGUUGUGCCAGAAGGAGAUUCCCUUUCCGAGGCUAGAGUCUUGAGAGGCAUGGUUGAGGAAGAUGUAAUUGAUGGGGAGAUGGGAGGCAAUUUGGGAGGGAAGGGAAAGCGUUUAUGGAUCUACAGGAAUCGACACGUUGGUGACGGGUUGUAUGACUUGUAUAUGGAGGAGGUUAGAACGUGA